AUGACACCUGUUGCGCAGUUCGCCAGCAGCUUUACCGACCGGAUAAUCCUAUCCUUGUCCCCUUCUGUCUUCUUUGUAGAGGGGGAGUCCAAGCCCAAUCCCGAGAAGGACAGUGGUGCCGAUGAUUACUCUGGCCAUCAAGCUUGCCUCACUUUCACCAUCGGGUUCGAAAGCCAGACUCGCGAUGUGUUCAACAGGGAGUUCACCGGCUGCAAGAAGAGCCGUGGCGGGCUGUCCAUCAGCAUUAACUUUAGUCCCAACUCCAGCACCAAGCAUAGUGAGACUCACUCACACAACUCAUGA